UCCGAUUCUCUAUUUCCCUCUUUUGUUAGAAAUUUCAGGUUUCCAAAUUAAGCAAGAAGAAAAGGAGACUCUCUUUGACUAAGUUCUUGAAGGUUUCGAGAUCCUCGCGUCUUACGGUUGGAACUCCAAUAACACUGCGCCUCAAGUGGUCUUACUAGAGCUUGAAUUUUUUGUUCUUAUUUUCCCCCCCGACUUCAAGGUUAAAAAGGCUCAGUACUUUCUACCUAAUCCUUCUUUCAAGUGGAGUCUUGAUAUUCUCCACAUUUUCUUCUUUAAAAUUUGACAUGUGUAAUACGUGAGCGGUUUUCUGGAUUUCCUUCUCAUGGGUAUAGCUUAUCUAUCUUAUUGAGUGUGUCGAGAAUAUUUAUUUUGGUGUGGUCUGUCUGGCUACCUAGACUCUAGCCACCAAGGGGUGGUGGCUUCAAUGGCAUCUUCUCGUCUGGCUGGAGGAUUAGCUCAGUCUCCAUCAAGUUCUGGGAUUUUCUACCAAGGGGAAGGGCAGUCCCCAGCUAUUGUUAAUUCUCACUUGGGCCAAUCAUUUGCAAAUUCAUCAAAUUCAAUCCCAGGAACUGGAUGUUCUGAUUUUGGUCCAGUUUCCGGAGACAUGAACAAUGCAGUUUUAAAUAGUGUGGCAAAUUCAGGACCCAGUGUGGGUGCAAGUUCAUUAGUUACAGAUGCAAACUCUGCCCUUUCAGGGGGGCCACAUUUGCAAAGGAGUGCAAGCAUCAAUACAGAGUCAUACAUGCGUUUGCCUGCAUCGCCCAUGUCAUUCAAUUCAAAUAACAUUAGUGUGUCAGGCUCCUCGGUUAUUGAUGGAUCCUGCGUAGUGCAGCAAAAUUCUCACCAGGACCAAAAUAUCCAACACGUGCAGCAACAUACACAUCAAGGUGCUUCACAUGCCACAUCUUUACCAACAUCACAAAUAGGCCAAGUAUCAUUUCCGAUGGGUGCUAAACGUCAGGGAUCUUUCAUUCCAGAUCCAAAUAACUAUUCUCAGGUGCAGAAGAAACCACGGCUAGAUAUAAAGCAGGAAGAUAUGCUGCAACAGCAAGUUUUGCAGCAGCUAUUUCAGAGACAGGAUUCCAUGCUGUCACAAAACCGUAACUCACAAUUACAAGCUUUAUUUCAACAGCAAAGAAUGCGGCAACAGCAGCAAAUUUUGCAUUCUCUACCUCAGUACAGGGCUCAGUUUCAGCAGCAGCAGCAGAUACAGAUGAGGCAGCAAUUGCAACAACAACAGCAAGCAAUGCUGCCAGGAUCACCCAUGAAUCGGCCUUCAUAUGAUACUGGUGGUGUUUGUGCCCGUCGGCUGAUGCAAUAUCUAUAUCAUCUGCGACAAAGACCUCCUGAUAAUAGUAUAGCCUACUGGAGAAAGUUUGUAACAGAGUAUUACUCUCCUCGUGCGAAGAAAAGAUGGUGCUUGUCAUUGUAUGAGAAUGUUGGCCACCACGCUCUUGGUGUGUUUCCCCAGGCAGCUAUGGAUGCAUGGCAGUGCGACAUCUGUGGUUCCAAAUCAGGAAGGGGCUUUGAGGCUACAUUUGAAGUACUCCCGAGACUCGGUGAGAUCAAAUUUGGAAGUGGAGUUAUUGAUGAGUUUUUAAUUCUGGAACGUCCUCAAGAAAGGAGAUUAUCUUCCGGAAUUAUGCUGUUAGAAUAUGCAAAAGCAUUUCAAGAGAGUGUAUAUGAGCAACUUCGUGUUGUUCGUGAGGGUCAGCUUCGUGUAAUAUUCACGCAAGACUUGAAGAUUUUGUCUUGGGAAUUUUGUGCACGGCGUCAUGAAGAACUUCUUCCACGUAGGUUGGUUGCAUCUCAGGUGAAUCAGCUGGUACUGGUUGCCCAGAGAUGCCAAAGCACAAUAGCUGAAAGUGGGCCUGAUGGUGUUUCUCAGAAAGAUUUGCAGACGAAUAGCAAUAUGGUGCUGGCAGCUGGUCGUCAGCUUGCAAAGAGUCUGGAGUUGCAGUUGCUGAAUGACUUGGGUUUCCCUAAAAGAUACGUGAGGUGUUUGCAGAUAUCGGAGGUUGUCAACAGUAUGAAAGAUCUUAUUGGUUUCUGCCGGGAUCAAAAAGUUGGGCCUAUUGAGGGCUUGAAAAAUUAUCCUAGACAUGCCACUGCAGCCAAGCUCAAGAUGCAAAAGAUGCAGGAGAUGGAACAGUUAGCAAGUAUUCAAGGUCUUCCCACAACAGUAAAUAAGCUGAUGGCAAUGCAUCCUGAACAUGAUAACCAUGGGAUUAAUAACCAUCAGAUGAUUGGUCGAGGAGGUUUGAGUGGUUCGGCACAAGCUGCUUUGGCAAUGACUACGUACCAGAAUAUCCUCAUGAGACAAAGCUCUAUGAACUCCAAUCCCAGCCCACAUCAACAGGAGGCCUUGUCUUCUUUCAAUAAUUCCAACUAUAAUCCAUCCCCUACACUCCAGGGGAAUGCAUUCUUGAUGCCUGGGUCCAUACAGAACUCUGUUGGUAGCUUUUCAAGCGCCCAGCAAACCUUGCAAAAGCAAUCGCAGCAGCUGCAACAGCAUCCACCAAAUGCUGGCUCCUUGGUCCAACAAAAUUAUCCUCAGACGAUUCAAGGCAGCCAGGCCCUACAGCAACAGAUGAUCCAGGAGCUACUGCAGAUGUCAAGUAACAGUAAGAGUGGCGGUUUGCAACAGCCACCCCUUACCGGACCAAAUGCAAAUAGAAGUUUGACAAGAAGGGGUACGGGUUUUGUGGGAAACACCUCAGUUGCAGCUGUGGCAUCUGGAAAUCUGCCUGGGAGCAAUGUCCCUUGCCCUGGUCCGAGUAGAAGCAAUAGCUUCAAAGCUGCUUCAAAUAGCGAGUCCUCUGCUGGUAAUAGUGGGUUCAAUCAAAAGGCUUCUGAUUUUCCGGAAGACCUUCAUCUGCCAGAAAGUUUGGUUGAAGAUAUAGGCCAAGAUUUCCCUGAAAACGGGUUCCUUAACAAUGACCUUGAUGAUGAUUUGGGUUAUGUCUGGAAGGCUUGACUAACAUAAUUUAGCCACCUUGUCGGCUCCCUUGCCCGAAUUCUGGUGGAGAAAUGUGUACAGGAUGAUAAAUCUGUUGUAGUUGGAUCCUUUUUGCCCCUUCCUUUCCCUACCUCGUAAUCUGGCUUUGUUGCGAAUCAUACGAUUGAACCUUUGAUUUUAAUGUCUUGAGGAAUGCUCCCCGCCUUCGGCACUACUGGUUGUGGAGAUGCUCUCUUUCUACUCUCA